AUUCAAUUGUCAUGACUGUCAUUCUGCUGUAAUAAAGGCAUAGAUAAAGGGUUGAUGCAAAGAAUUCGGUGUUGGAGCAGUUUAAUCUGACUAAUCCCAUAAAUAUGCUGUGAGAUGCAUAAGAAAUAUACUAAACAAGAGCUGGCGGAAUAUGAUGAACGAACAGAAAAGAAGUCUAAGAAAAAGCGCAAAGAACAUAGAAAAGAAAAGAAUGAUAAUCAAGUCUUGUUUCUAAAAUAUGAUCCAAGGAAAAUUUUCAGUGCGAAAGUUGAAAGCAAAAGAGAAAAAUCUAGUAAGGAUCGAGAGCCUAUGGAACACGCGAUCAAAAAGAAAAGUGGUGAAACAAAUUCUGAUAAUGUUCAAGACACGAGAAUUAGUAAAAACACAGAUGAAAGAGAAAAACUUUACAAUGAAACAACGCAGGCUUACGAAACAUACCGUAAGUAUAUUCGCAAGUUAGAAAAAGACAACAAAAUAUCAAGCAGCUCACUCAACAUUCCCAAACAAAAGAAAGCUCUUCGUUUACGGAAAGAAAAUACCAUUCACCUGGCGACUCCCAGCCAUGAUAUGCCGAUUUUCAAACCUUUUACGGCAGUGAAAAUCGACGAGAAAAAACAUAAGAGUAAGAAGAAGAAAGGGAUAGAUGCUCCUGAUGAAAAAAAAACCAGAGGGGAGGGUGAUCAGAAGCAUCAAGUUUUGUACUGUCAGAUUGAAACUGAUGCACCGUUCAAACACGGUGAAAGACAAACGUCUGAAGCAAGAGUUGCUUUUACUGAACAUCACAAGAGGCACAGCAGCAAGAGAAAAUCCAGUUCGCAAAGAAUAAAGUCUCAAAAAUCCCAUCGGGAGAAAUCCAGUGCAAAACAUAGAAAACCCCUUGCUUUGGAUGAGUACAUAUUCGAGCCCCAAGAUAAGCCCGAUAAGAAUAAUGUCACGGAACUGUUCGGUAGUAGGGAUGAGAUGCCAGAACGUCGCAAGCAUAAAAGCCACAAGUCCCAUUCAAAUGCUAAAAGUCGGAAGCACAGCAGCACUAACAAAGAUAAGUCUUCGAAGGGAACGGAGGAAAUUAAGAGCUACUUCGAGAAGAUUCAAUCGGCGAUUGAUAAAAAAAUUGACAGUCUGUUAGGACCUAGACAAAAGCAUCCUUCUAACGCACUUAGUUUAGAGAAGGAGGAAAAGCCUCUAUCCAAAAGUAAAGUCAGGCAUAGAUCACCACACAAGAAGCAUCACAGUAGCAGUAGAGGCGCUAGGGAGUUGAGCAGAAAAAAGAGCAUCGUUCAGAGCAUGUCUGACUCAAGGGUUCAUUUGAAGAGCUCAGAUGUAUUGGAAAACAUCGAUAAAGAAGCCAUAAGGUCUUAUAUUACUAACCAUUUGUCGAAAAAGGAGAAAAAUCAGUCACAAGAGCUUAAUAAGAGCUCAGAUAGCAAGAAGUCCAGUAAGAGAAAGUCUCUUGAAUUUAAGGUAGAAGGAGUAGAGCCUCCAAACCUCCAGUCGAAGAAUCCACAGAAAAAACACGUAAACCGAAACCUUGAGUGCAAGACAGUUUCUAUAAUCGGAAUACCAUCAAGUAUCCAAGAUAAAUCUAUCAUGCUGAACAAUACGCAAACAAACACUUCACUGAAGUUUUCAAACAGCGUCGAAGACAUAGUGGAGAAAAAGAAGAAAACGAAAAGAUUCAAGUUGUACUACAAGUAUUCCAUGGAUAGCAGCGCAAUCACUAAUAAUAGUUUGAAUUCAGAAGAGCACAGUGUUGUUAGUGGAAGCUACAGGGAAGUAAUUACUGCAAUAUCAUGGAGCUGUGAUCUUGCUGUUAACUGAUCAGUCAGACCACGAAAUAGCUACAACCGAGCCAAAAUGUGACGUGAUACCUGUCAAGCUCACUUUCCAAAAAACUCAGCCGAAAAAAUCCCAAGAUACCCUUAACAAAUGUCAUCAACACAAGCAUCAACGAAAGGAGAACCUGAUCAAAUUGAACGACAUCAUCGAAGAAAAGCAUGACACGCCGCCUGAACAGCUCAAAAGGCCAUGGCUUAAUCAAGAUGUCCGCUACGAGUUCUUUAGAGCUCUUCACAGCAGCAACUCGGAAUAUGGCCUCAAUACUCUGGAGAAUAAGAAUACCGAUAUAUUUGAAGAUCUGAGUUUGAGCAAGAAUUGGCCUAGCCAGAAGCAGUCAGAAAUAAAGUUCUACGUGAAUAAGCCGAAGAAGACGCAAAUGUAUAGUUGGAAAUACAUGUCAAAAUCAGAUGUAAAUGUGUCUUAUGUUUCAUUAUGUGAUAAAUCGACAAAGAAAAAACCUAAAUUGGAACAAAGACCACGCAACAAACUUAAGGAAGGAUCAAAAGAAAAACGAUCACUGCUUCAUCAUAAAGAAAAGGCCAAUAUUGCAAUUGGUGAUCAACCGACACACAAAAGACAACCAUCAGAUAGGUCAACCAUGAAAGAAAAUGAUACAGAUAUAAGCAUGAAAGAGUAUCUCAAGAAGAUCUACGACAUAUCCAUGGAGAUUAAAAAGAAAUUCUUCGAGAAUGGAGAAUCAGUAUCAUCUUACUGUAAAGACUCGCAAAUGUUUGAUUUGCUCUGUUUGACAGACCCGAGAAAUCUGUUCGCUACUAUAGAAAGUACCUCAAGAACCUCAAAUGUACGUAGAGAAAGAAUUCAACUUUUGCAGAAUUUGUCUUCAAACAUGAACAGGGUACUGCAAGAAUCCAAUAAAGAAAGAGAUAAAAACUUUGAUUCUCACACACAUCGAGAAAAAUUCUCUCAAAUACAAACGGUUUCAACAAAUAAAAUCAGAAGCAUUGUAUCACCUGACGUGAAGUCUCCUGAAAGUGAUGCCCAAAAUGUAUGUUUGGGAUUCCCCAUAGAUACUAGUAGGCUUCAGGUACAAUUACGAGAUUCCAGAGAUUUGUCAUCAAACGUUGCGAUUUCGGACAAUAUCAGCUCAAAAAUACCACAUUCCAAACCAGGAAGUUGCAUGUCCGGAAAAAAUAUAAAAACUCAGACUCUUAAGAUUUCAGAAGUAGGUGUCAGUACCAAAGCAGAGAAAUCUGUAAAUCAAGACGUUCAGACAAGCAAAGGCAAUAUUAUGACGACAAUUGAUGCUGCUAUCGAAACUUACGAUAUCAGUGUUGACAAAGAUCAACCAAAUAGUGAAUACAACAAAUACAUCAAGAAAAUCAUUUCCACAGUAGGAAGUAAAGGUAUAGAUGCUGAAAUGUUGAAAAAAUUCAUUGCUAAAACUGUUCGUAAUGAAAAGAGGUCAUCGAAAGACAAAAGUAAAUUGCAGAAAGUUGGAUCAAACCAAAGAUGCAAGAGCGUAUUUUAUAGGUACAAAAGAAGAAUGAAUAAUCUGAAUGUCAUUUCCAGCCCAAGACCAAUAGAGCAAGUAGGACGUGAAGAAAAUGAGAUGAAAGAACAGAUAAAAGGCUCCAGUCGAUCUUCAGGUCAAAAGAAAUGGUGCCCUGUGGAAACAGUAUACGUUCCCAGAAAAGAUUCAGAACCGAUUCAAGAAGAUGACACUUUGUUACGAGCUUGCAAACAAUACAUAUCUAAGGAGAUAAUAAGUGUCAAUGUACCAGUUAAAAGUUCGAGCACAGUCGUUGAUAAGCAGAGUAAGGGUAGUGAAAGUGAGCAGUUUAUGGCUCAAAGGAUGAUUGAAAUGAGACCUUUAGAAGAUGGUUCUAGUAUAUCUCUGAAGAAACGCUAUAGGUCAACUUCUAGUAUCGAAGUCAUUGUAAAUGACGAUAAUUCGAGUAAGAUGGCAAGUUUAAUCUGCUUGCAAAAAUUCACGAAUGAUGGUGGAUAUACCAUGAGUUCUAGAGAUACCUCACAACUGUCAGAUCGUACUGAACCACGUCCUCAACACAAUACGAUGAUGUUGACAAAACAAUACAAAACAUCUGAUGUCAGCUCCUAUCAAAGACGCAAGAUGUACGAUAAUAUGAUACGUAAAAAGAUGAAGAAAACACAAAAUCAUAACAACCAUUAUGAGCCUCAAGUAUUUGAAGUUAGAUUCAUGAGCUUGGAUAGACAAAGCAAUGGCUUGGAGUUUUUUCCAAACAAAAAAGAAAAAAUGCAUAGCAAAGUGAUAAAUACUAUAAACCGAGUAAGCCAGAUUAAGCAAGGCAUAAUACGAAGUGGAAUAGAAAGCGUCUUUGUGAGUAAAUAUAAGAUUUACGAAUUCUGUCAACAUCUAACAAGAGGACAUUCUACACUGUUCAACGAAACUUAUUUUGGGUGCAAAAGUUGUAGUUAUGACUGGAGCUUGGAUGAUAAUAUCGAUAGCUUGGUGGACUUUUUGAGAAAAUCGAUUUCGCUGUUCUAUAAAUGCGGUUGUAAGGCUGAAAACGUGGACUGCUUGGGGAAAAAAGACAAACUUAUUUAUAAACCAGAUGUAUUUACAGAAGAAGAAACCAUUGCUCGUGAAGAGCUAGAUGGACAUGAUGAGGAAGAUAGGGAAACCAUAUCAUCUAUCCAGAUAGAGGACGGACUAGUCUCAAGGUAUUCAGAUGAGAGCGGCUACACAAGCAUCCAAUCUGAGCAAAGCGCAGAUAGUUUGUUUAAGACUCCCAACAUUGCAGUUUUAAUGUACCCAACAAAUGAGUUGCAGCGAAAACGCUCGAAGUUGUUUCGUAGCAACACCACAUCAGAAACUGAGAUGAUGAAUUACGAUCGGAUGGCGCGACAGUGUCAGGAGUAUGCACACAAGGUGAGAUGGUACGACUCAUCGGGAGGAAAUCAGAGCUUCGAGGAGAUACCUUUGAACGUAUUGCUCGCAAAGCAAAGUUUGGUGAGCGUGGAAAGCUUUGCUAGCAGUAUCAGCAGCUGUCCUCAGCUUCCUGGUAAUGUGAAUGUUAGAGUUGACAAUCGACUUAACCGCAUGGGUAGUGUUGUUAGUAUAAGGCAAGCUUCCAUGGACUCGAUGGAUUCCUAUUUGGAGCCAACGUCCAUCCUGAAUCAAAUCCUAGGAAAAAAAGUGAUACUAAGCAGUACAAAUCUGACCGCUGGCUGUAUAACUCUGGUAGACAAACCUGAAGAAUUCGCAAAACCUUUUUUGAAAACACCGACCACCAAAGAGAAAAAGAAAAUGGUCUUCAAGAACUUCUUCGAUAAUCUACUGGGACUAUAUGAAAAAGAGAUUGCUGUGGGCUAUGCGCUGUCUAAUGAUAACCACUUUUUCGAAAAUGAACUUUUGACUCCGAUAUAUGACGAUCGCAAAGCUUCUGCUUCUGGCAAUGCGACAAAAGCUAAAAAGAAAAAAAGGUUCGGUCACUUCUUUGUGAACAUUUUCCGACCAAAGAGAAUGGUUGUUGAACCAAAGGAAUUUGAGGUUUCGAAAACAAAACCUGAAUGUGGAAAGACAGAGAAAUUGGAAGACGAUCAUCAAAGAAACUUACAGUUUCUGGCAAGAAGCAUCAGAAAAUAUUUUUCGCUUUUAGUUCAAGCAGUUAAAAUGAAUCGAGAUAUUGACGAUGAAAUGAAGAUUUGUGGCUUCUUAAGACUACUAGAUAUGAUUGAAAACGGCCACCUUACAUUCUUCAAGCAACAAAGUCGGCAAAGUGAAAUAGAUUUUGAACAGGAAAUACGCAAUCAAGUGAAGGAAUCAUUUGCUAACGUAUACAUGGUUGCCAAAUUAGCCGCCAGGGAAUCCAACAGAACUUUGACUGGCGAAGAUAUUGAACUGUUAAGAGCUUUGGUAUGCAAGUACCGCAUUGGACUGUUCUCAUCCAUCGAAAUCAUAGCCAAGUCUAUUGGCUGCGGACGCCUGAAGUCAGAAGAUCAACUAAAGUGUAAGUUUUGUGAUGAUGGGAAUAGAUUAUUCCGCGAAUACAGUGAUAGUUAAUCGAGUUAUCAUCAUCAAGAGGAAUCGCAAACAACUCUCCAAUGACAUUGACAUUAGAUAAACGAAGUAGUUCACUUGAGCGCUAUUCUCUGAUGAACAAGCUCAAUAAAUUUUAUUCUCUUGGUUAUCAGAUCUGAGAGACAGACCAGUAUGAUACAACAGCUUAAAUUUAAUACUUUUAAUGUAAUAACAUAACACAUAAACGGUUUCAUUUUUUUAAGCGAAGACCGUGCACCGGAUUGAAGAAGAUCAAGCGAUCAAAUUUGUUUUGAAAUCAUUAGGGAUUGCAAGAAUAAUUUUUAUUUUAAUAGAAAUCAAUGUCCGCCAAAAUAGGUAUGUGACAUUCCGUACAAACACUACUGGUCUAAAUUCAAAAAAUGUAGUACAAUAAAGAAUUACUCUCUGCGGAGGAAGGUGUAUAACAAAUUAAAAUAAUGGGUCAAAUUCGCAAAAAGGAAGGAAUGUGAAUGCAAUCAUACAUCCGGAUCCGGGUGUAACCUGAGGAAACAAAGAUGGAGAGGGAACAACACGACACACGAAGUCACCAGCAAGAGCCAACCUACACAUUGUGGUAUUAUGGCCGAAAUUUUCAAGGCGAAAUCUAACCGCAACCACGCGGCCGGUUUUAGCCAUGUGCAGGUUGGCUCUUGUUGGUGACUUCGUCGUUUUGUUCCCACUUCGUCGUUUUGUUCCCUCUUCAUCUUCGUUUCCUCAAGUUACACUCGUAUCCAGAUCUAUGGGCAUGUGUAGUUGCAUAUGUGCAUUAUUUUGUUUUGUUAUGUAACUUUCUCCGCAAAGAGUAUUCUUUAAUGUACUGAAAGAAGGCAGCCAAGUAAGUCAUUUAUCUUUGAGAAGCGUCCCUCAAUGAAAGCUGUACUGACUGGAACUGUGAGCAUGCUUUUGAUUAUUGUUAUGUAAACAUUCGGAUAUACUUCUUCCAAAUUGUUUUAAAAAAUGUACUGGAUAAGUUGUCUUGCUUUAUUGACAGGUUCUGGUGAACUGGAUUUUAAAAGCUAGAGCUCUUCAUGUAGUUGGAAAGGGUGUAUGUCGCUGUUUUUACCUUACCUAUAAUAUAUUAUAAUACUUGACAAGGUCCUCCUUUUAUAUAGAUUUCAAAAGCAAAUAUUCUCUUGAAGACAUUGAUUCGAGAUCACAGAUACUUGAGAUCAUCA